UAAUAAUUAAGAACAAUGGUUUCAUUAGCUGGAGUAGAUGACGAAAGAAUAAAGAAGCCGUAUCUCGGUGGAUGGAAACAUCGAGCCACAGGUGUGAUAUAUCACAAUGCAGCAUCACAAACAGGGCCAUUAGCCGCGAACAAUGUUGAGAAUUUCUGCAGCAGAGAGGUCCAGUGUAUUAAUACCAAAGAUGAUGCAUUUCAAACUGGUAUUAACAAAGCUACGCAGAUGUGGAGGAAAGAUUGUUAUAUAUCAAGUGAGAAAGACAGAUAUAUAACAUGCGGAAUUUAUGAAACCGCUGAAGAAGAAGAAAUUCGUAAAAAUAAAAAAGCGAUAAUUAUUCAACGAUGCUACCGAUCAUGGAAGCUCUUAAAAAAUAUAAAAUUUUGUGCGAUGGCUUAUCGGAAGCUCAGAGACGACUGUACGAAACACGAGGAAGAGAAAAUAAAAUUACACGAGGAGCGCAACAGACUCGGGGUAAUUCGUCAGGUGUAUCCCCAAAAACGCGCAGACUUUGAUAAGAUUUUAGCGCUAAUCGAAACAUGGCGACAGUGGAACCAGCAGCGGAUUCGCCGCAACUUUUUCCGAGGCGGAAUGACAGCAGAGAAUCUUCGGAUGCUGGAAAAAAUAAGAGAAAUGUUGAAAGACGUGGACAAGCAUCGGCGUUCUAUUAGAGACGAGCGUACAAGUAAACAGCUCACCGAGUUCUUGACAUUUCAUAGUGAACCAGUCAGGUGGACUGGAUACAAAGGCAAACUCAUUGAAAUGGUCACGUUGAGAGUACAGAGAGCUCGUGAGCUGAAGAAUCUCUAUGACCUACUAGUCAACGAGAGCUAUUGUAGCAUUGAGAAACGAAUCGAAAUGUUUAUUCAUCUCAAGUAUGCUCUCAGUCUCCACAAUUGUUAUCCUGCGUUAGAUCUUGCGGAUUUGAUUGAACAAAAAAUUUUAUUACUGUCUCGUGGACUUGGAUCUUCGUUAGUAAAUUUGGAUAAAAGAAUAUCAAUCGGUUUUUUAUAUUUUGCGCGGAAUUCUCACGACUGCUGCUCGAAAAGUGAACCGGAGGAAGAACUGAGUGAGCGGACCGACAAAGACAAGUUGUUGUGUCGCAGUUGUAUGAAAUUAAUGGGACGUAAAAAAUUUAACGCUGAUGCUGGAGUUAAAAAAUUAUCUAAAUGCAUCAGCUGCACGUGGCUCUAUCAUCAGAAUGUCAAAAAAAUAGACUACGAUCCUUAUAGCUGUCUAUUAAAUGACAUACGCGCGGAUGAGUUUGGUAAAAAGUGUUUUUCUAGCCUCCUGUAUGUGAUUCAAGAGCCAGAAAUGUAUCAUUUAGUUAAAAAUAUUUGGCACGGACGGUCGAUAGUAAGCGAGGUCGAUGACAUUUAUCGCUUGAGGCUUGUCAGGUUCCACGUAAAUCAAGAAUGGGCUCCUUGGAAUUGUAUUCUGCUUACUGAAGAAGAGAGCAAAGCUCAUUAUUAUAUCACAGAUCUCAGCUCUGUGUACUCAAAGCAAUUGCUUUAUAAAAUUUAUUUAAUUCAUGAGACUGCUAGAAGUCAUUUUCAGGAUUUAAUAAAACUUGAAAAAAAAUUUCGCGCUUCACUUGGGUAAAAAAAAUUUAUUGAAACUUGAAAUGAAAUAAAAAAUCCACUAGAGAUAUUCGAUAAUUAUCAAGUACAAGGCAUCAAGUUUUUAAAAAUAAAAAAAAAUAUAAAUUGGAUUUUAAAUAUUUUUUACUGAUCAAUGGGCACCGCAAGCUCCGGAAACGACUCGUCCAUAAAUCUAUCGAUCAAACAAUCUCUAGAGAACCUUACAGUAUUAAAUUUAAUCUCCGCACCACGAACUGAACAAACAGAAAUUCCUCAAGAGCUCUUAUGGAAUUUUGCGUAUACUCUAGUGUCAGAUUUUAAUCAGUUUUCAGAGUUAAUUUUCAAGCUGCUUAUCUUAGCCGUUGCUUCGCUUAUAAUAAUUAUUGUUUCACCACCGGGUUCCUCGAGUUUACUACGUGGGAUUGCGUUGCUCUGAGGAUCUCAAAACGUCGAAAUCUGAAGAAAACUCGAUUUUCAAAAAAGAAACUGCACCCAGUAUCUUCCCUUUCUUUUUAAUUUUCAAUUUUCACAGCGGGAAGUCAAAAAAAAUUUGAACGCUAUUCGAUCCUUGAUGUUUUUAUUUUAUUAAAAAAGAAGUCAGUAAAUUAACUAGAAUAUUAUUUUAAUAACUAGCAUAAUAUGUAAAUGAAAUAAAAAAGUUCCAGCGAAUAUCUAGUCUAGUUUAUAAAUAUUAUAGAAGUAUAUAUAAGUAACUCUUGCUGUAAUUUUUUUAUUUUUCAUUUCACUGGGUAUUCUUACAGCCAA